AUUCGAAAUCAGCAUGCAAGAGUUUUUCCUCACCUUGGAUUUUCUUACCUCAUAACGACCGCACUGUCCUGCGCAACAUGACCUGGUGUGAAUCCGGCCGGAUUCUGACUGUUUCUUGAAUUUUUACUUGUAGUACUACCUGUUUUUUUUGUUGUUUUUUUUUGUUUUAAACGUACAACUUAUUUUUUUUGAGUUUUCGCUGUGCAUGUGUAUAUUCCACAGUACAGCUUCACCAACUUCCCUUUCUGUCCUGUCUUUUUCUUCUCUUGUCUGUUGCUCGUUUCCCCUUUUUUUUUAAACCGAGUUCAUCUUCCUCCGCUCUUCUUCAGCUUGUUAAAGGAGAAGUAAUGUAGCAGAUGCCGGCCAUGCCACACUCACCCAUGCUUUCAGAUAUGAAUAUAUUCAGAGACCACCCUGGCAAUCAAACAGCUUAUUAAUAUUUUCACAAUGAGAGGUCCGCAGCCUGCGGGGGGAUGACAUGCAUGUGUCCAGGCUUUUAACAACGUUGAGGAUUGUAAGACUAGUUGGCCGCCGUCCGCCGAGCCAUGAUGGACGUUCUGUACACAGGCCCAGUCCCAGCAGAGCGCGAGUCUCCGGUGGCACGGAGCGAGAUGUCCCCGAGCCGGGCGCAGCACUCGCCGCCUGCACAGAGACCCAACGCCUGCUGCUUCUGUUGGUGCUGCUGCUGUAGCUGCUCUUGGAGAGAAGAUGAGAGUCGCCGGAGAUUGAAAGCCCAGGAUACUAAGCUGGAGACCAUACCAAACUGUGAAGUUUGCAACAAGCCAACGGUGGAGGAGAUAAAACAGUGGGCUCAGUCCUUCGAUAAGCUGAUGAAGAACCCGGCAGGCCGGAACGUGUUCCGCGAAUUUCUGCGCACUGAGUACAGCGAGGAGAACAUGCUCUUCUGGUUGGCCUGCGAGGAUCUGAAGAAGGAGAUCAACAAGAGCAGGAUAGAGGAGAAGGCACGCGUGAUCUACGAAGACUACAUCUCUAUCCUUUCACCUAAAGAGGUCAGCUUGGACUCGCGAGUGCGUGAGGUAAUCAACAGAAAGAUGCAGGAGCCGACUUCACACACGUUUGAGGACGCACAGCUGCAGAUCUACACUCUCAUGCACAGAGACUCGUACCCACGCUUCCUCAACUCACCCAUUUAUAGAUCAAUGGUACAGGGGGGCUCCCGCUCUUCCUCCGAAUCCUAGAUCCACUUCUCUCUCUCCAUUCAUCCUUCCGUCACACAACCACUAAAAGAGAAAGUACAUGUUGGCUUUUUGCCAUGGUUGGAUUAUGCGUCUAUUUCCCCUCCUCGUGUUUUGCUUUGACUUCACCUCUCUGUUGUCUUGGAAGGCGUGCCGUGCCGCCGGUAUAUUCUAAACCUGCACAGACCGAAACUGGAAGACACAGGGUUGAAGAAGUAGUCAUAGUCAUUUCGCUGCUUGUGAUGACGGAGACAACUACUGAUCCACACGAGUCUCUUUGUCCAUUGUUGAUUUUUUCCCAUAGGUAUGUGUACGAACACAGUUUUAUCUUUUUAUCUGAUGUCAUGAGUUGACAAAAGACGAGAGAGCUCCUCUGCAAUAAGACACGCUGGAGUCGACUUUCUCCACUCCGCAUACGACCGUUUUGCCUAUUAUCUACGACCUUUGACCUGUCCACUGUCUCCCUUCUCUGCGAUCAGCUAUUUGAGACAUGGGGUCAGGCAGUGGUGGAUGGUUAUAUUUGUUACCGGAGGGGCUGAAAGUUUCCCAGUUGCAAAAAAAAAAAAAGAAGAAGAAGAAAAAAGAAAAAUAAUAUUUAGAAUGUUAACAUGUUUAAAGAAAUGCUAUAGAAAACAACAAUAGGUGGAAAAUAGAUGUAGAUAUAAAGAAAAAAAAAAAGUGAGUGGUGAGAAAAUGUCUUAAUUAGACUGGUCACUCGAAAUGCAUUUUAAAUUUUAGUAUUGUUAAUGUUAUUUAUUUUCACAUUUUUGUCAACUUUUGUUCUUGUACAGUCGAUUUUAAAUCCGGUACAGAUCACGCAAACCGAGCAAGGUCACGAGUGCUUCAUAGAGCACCGUGUGUGAGUGAGCGUGCGGGUGUCUGUAGGUAAGCAAACCUCAGCCUCUCUGGCACAUCCGUAUUUACAGGAUGAAAAACCAUUUCCUUGGCGAAAAAUUGCAAAAAAAAAAGAAAAGAAAAAAAAUUCUAAGAUGCUGCUUUCUAUGUUUCUUGUCUGGAUAAAUUCCAGCGUUUCUUCAGUAAUUCUUCAGUAUUGUCAUAUUCUGGCGAAUAAACUCCUUAAUUCAGAUGAAUUAAUAAGCGUUGUUUAUAGAUGCAAAGCACCUCAUAAACCUCUGUUUUUUAUUCACAUAUCAAGCAAAACCAGUGUUAGUGUUGCCAUUACAUUAUAUAUAUAUAUAUAUAUAUAUAUAUAUAUAUAUAUAUAUAUAUAUAUAUAUAUAUAUAACAAUUUUAUAAUCUGGACGUUGUGCUCAAUCGUUUCAUUUUGGAUGUUGAACAUCUGAACUGUCCUCACUUGCUGUCUUCCUCUUCACCUUCGUAUUUAUCACAAGAGGAGGCUACACAGCUUUGCCUAAUAACGAUCAAUUCUAUUAGAAUAAAUCCAGAACAGCCCCAGCUUUCUUUAAUUACUGAACCCAAAUCAGGCUGUAGAAAUGAACCUUUACAGAACACCAAGCUUUUUUUUUUUUUUUUCCCCUUAUUGAAAAGCGGUGCUUCACAUCUAUGACAUUGUGUGUCCUUGUUGACAUUUCUACGGUUUGUGAAUAGUCACUGAGUAUGGUGAAUGGAACUCUUCCUGAGCAUCUGGGCCUUGACUUGUGCACUGUGCAGGACUUGCAUUCAUUGUGCUACAGGAAAUGUUUAAACUGCAAAAAUAGCUGUAUUGAAUUCAUCUGAUUUUCGGACUGUUUCACUGCCAAAAGUCUGAACUGGGCUUCUGCGCACAGAGGCUUGGGAUGGGACGUUAGUGAUGUAGGAUGGUUACAAAGAUCUGGAAGCAAACACGCACACUUAGGCCCUGUCCACAUGUAGAAGUAUAUUGUUUUGAAAACAGUUCACAUGGAAACAGUAUUUUGGGUCACUGGAAACGGAGCGUUUUGUACUCAAUUCAAUGUUUUUGUGUGGACUGAAUGAAACGUAUUACACAUGCAUGCCCAUUGUGGUAUGUAUGUGUAAUGAAUGUGCUAGGACUCUGUUUGUCACAGGUGUUGAUGUGUUUGUAAUCUGUUUAUUUUUAUUAAUAUUGCACCCUCAUGCAGUGGCACCUGGAUCAAAUGUGAUCCUAAGCAGUAGUUUUAUAUCACUGUCCCUGACCAGCAUAAUACAGAUAUGAAUAAUGAAUGACUGAAUUAAAUGUAUAGCCAUUUU